AUGACUGAAUAUAAGCUCGUCGUCGUCGGAGCUGGCGGCGUGGGCAAAAGUGCAUUGACAAUUCAACUGAUUCAAAACCAUUUUAUUGAUGAAUAUGAUCCAACAAUUGAGGAUUCCUAUCGAAAACAAGCUGUUGUCGAUGGUGAAACAUGUCUACUGGAUAUUCUUGAUACUGCUGGACAAGAAGAAUAUAGUGCCAUGCGUGAUCAAUAUAUGCGUGGUGGUGAAGGAUUCCUAUGCGUUUUUGCAGUUAAUAGUGCAAAAUCAUUUGAAGAGAUAAAACAAUAUCGUGAACAGAUAAAACGUGUUAAAGACGCUGAUGAUAUACCUAUGGUUUUGGUGGGAAAUAAAAUUGAUUUACCUACACGUACUAUUGAUUUAUCUUAUGCAAAAGACUUUGCUGCAUCAUUAUCGAUGCCAUUUGUACAAACAUCAGCUAAAACACGGCAAGGUGUUGAAGAAGCAUUUUAUACUCUUGUACGAGAAAUACGAAAAUAUAAGGAACGUACACGUAAAGAUCGAAAGGGUCGUAAAAAUAAAAGUAGUGGUAGUGGUACAAAUAUUGGCGGAAAUAAAUCUUCAUCAUUAAAAGAUAAUCGUAGUCAAAGUGCAAAACAACGUAGUGAAAAACAUAGUUCGCUUCAAAAGUCCCACGAGUUUCAAGAACCAACAGCUAAAAUUCCAAUAUAUGGUAUUAUUUUAGCAACUGUCCUUUUUCUUCUUGGUUCUCUAAUGAUUACAUUAGGUUCAUUAAUAUUGACUGGUUAUAUUCAAACACAACAUACUGAUCGUUCAUGGCCAUUAAUAUUGAUUGGUUUACUUGUUUUUCUUCCUGGUUUUUAUCAUAUACGUAUUGCCUAUUGGGCAUGGAAAGGUGAUAAAAAUUUUUCUUUUGCUGAUAUACCUGAUUUAGAUUGA